UUUUGGGGCAUAGUUCCAAACUGCUAUGAAACAAUAUUUGUAAAACGUUUUACAAACCUAGUGCUAGAUAAUGCUAGCAUUAUUAUGAGUAGUAUUUCCUAACUGUUUGCCUCUUUGCAGCAUCUGAAACCUGCAUCGUUUGGGACCCUGUUCUUGCAGUUUUUUGCGACAUUACUGUCUCGCUCCUCGGCUUCCUCUGCAGGACUAUCCUCCAUCAGGUAACUGACAAGCUUGGAGAAGCAAUUCCCCAGACAAGCCGGCGAGACUCAAGGCGCGGUUAACCGCAGCACCGAGCGCUACCUGCGUUACAACUCUCAAAAGCACUCUCCCUGGGACUCCUGCCUUCUAGCCCUGGGCAUGCUCAGUGGCCUGGCGAAGUACUGGAAACUUGUCCCGCCUCCCUUGGCUACGCGCGAGUGUAAAGCGCAGGCGCCAGUGCCCUGGAAGCCCGGGAGUUCUGGCUCAGAUCCGAGCUGAGUGUGGCGCGAGAAAAGAUGGAGAGGUGCAAGCUGGAGAAAUUCAGGAGUCCGGGCCGGGGGAACGGACUCCGGGCUGUGGCACCGCUGCGGCCCGGGGAGCUGCUCUUCAGGUCGGAGCCCUUGGCUUACACAGUGUGCAAAGGGAGCCGAGGUGUAGUGUGCGAGCGCUGCCUGUGCAGGAAGGAAAAACUGCUUCGAUGUUCUCAGUGCAAAGUUGCCAGAUACUGUGGCUCAGAAUGUCAGAAACAAGCUUGGCAGGAUCACAAGCGAGAAUGUAAAUGCCUUAAGAGCUCAGAACCCAAGUUUCCCCCUGACUCUGUCAGACUUCUUGGCAAAGUUGUGUUCAAACUGCUGAGAGAAUCAUCUUGUGCCUCUGAAAAGCUCUACUCCUUUUUUGAUCUGGAGUCAAACAUUAAGAAUCUAAGUGAAGAAAAGAAGGAGGGCCUUAGGCAUCUUGCUAUGACAUUACAACUUUACUUGAAAGAAGAAAUCCAAAAUGCCUCCCAACUGCCACCUGCCUUUGAUAUUUUUGAAUCCUUCGCAAAAGUGAUCUGUAACGGUUUCACCAUCAGUAAUGGAGAGAUGCAGGAAGUUGGUGUUGGCCUGUAUCCUAGCAUGUCUUUGCUGAAUCAUAGCUGUGACCCAAACUGUGUGAUUGUAUUUGAGGGACCCAGUCUCUUCCUUCGAGCAAUCAGAAAUAUCCCUCUGGGAGAAGAGCUUACCAUCUGCUAUCUUGAUGUACUGAUGCCCACUGCAGAGAGGCAGAAACAGCUGAAAGAACAGUACUGCUUUGAUUGUGACUGUCCCCUAUGCAAAACCCAGUCCAAGGAUGCUGAUAUGCUAGCAGGAGAGGAACAAGCUUGGAAGGAAAUUCAAGGUUCCUUAAUAAAAAUUGAAGAUCUCCAGUCACAAGAAAAGUGGGAGCAAGUUCUGGCUAUGUGCCAGACUCUUAUAAAUAACUGUGGAAAUCGUCUUCCAGACAGAAACAUCUAUCAGCUAAAAAUGCUUGAAUGCGCAAUGGAUGCCUGUAUUAAUCUUAGUCUGUGGGAAGAUGCUUUGCUUUAUGGAAGCCGAACCCUGGAACCAUACAGGCUCUAUUACCCAGGUUUUCAUCCCGUCAGAGGCGUCCAAGUAAUGAAAGUUGGCAAACUACAGCAGCACCAAGGCUUGUAUCCUCAAGCCCUGGAGACCCUGAAACAGGCUUUUGAACUUAUCAAAGUGACACAUGGCCGAGACCACAGCCUGAUAGAAGACCUGAUGCUGCUUUUGGGAGACUGUGAAGCUAAUCUGCGAGUGGGAUGAGUGGACCCGACCCUAGGUCAAAAGACCACUCUUUGAAGGAAAGAGGCUUUCAGGCCUUGGAUAUCUGGAUUAGGUCUUAAACAUUGGAGUCUGUCAAAUGAGCUUUGAAUUUACUGUGUGACCUUCACCUCUCAAAAAUAACAUGCUGUGUUUGUCUAGGUGCCUAGUGUUGUCCGUGUGGUUUGCAAAUAACAGGAAUCAUUGAGUUAGAAGGAAACAAAAUUAUAAUAAACAGAAGGUUUAGUUGGAAAUGC